AUGGCGCGGCCGCUGCUCGUGGCCCUCCUGGCCGGGCUGGCGCUGGGCGCGGAGCCUCCCGCCGCCCUGAGCGCCGCCCUGAGCGCCGCCGUCGGGGCCGCGCCGUCGGGGCCGCGUCCGGGCGCGCUCCGGGGCGGGGAGGGGCCCGACGCGCAGGCGCGGGCGGCGCGGGCGGCGCGGGCGCGCGGGCGGCGGGGCGCGGCGGGAGGGGGCGCGGGGCCGCUGUUCCCGUUGCCUAGCUACCAGGUGUCCGUGCCCGAGAACCAGCCGGCGGGCACGGCGGUGCUGGAGCUGCGCGCGCACGCGGCCGGCGCGGCCGAGGCGGGGCGCCUGACCUACCAGCUGGAGGCGCUGUUCGACGAGCGGUCGGCCGCCUUCUUCGACGUGGAGGCGGCCAGCGGGCGGGUGACGACGGCGCGGCCCCUGGACCGCGAGGCGAAGGACACGCACGUGCUGAAGGUGACGGCCACCGACCAGGCCCGGCCGCCCCGCAGCGCGGUCACCUACCUGACGGUGACCGUGGGCGACACCAACGACCACCGGCCGGUCUUCGAGCAGGCCGAGUACCGCGAGACGGUGCGGGAGAACCUGGAGCUGGGCUACGAGGUGCUGACCGUGCGCGCCUCCGACGGCGACGCCCCGGCCAACGCCGACCUGCGCUACCGGCUGCUGGAGGGGGCCGGCGGGGCCUUCGAGAUCGACCCGCGGACCGGCGUGGUGCGCACCCGGGCGGCCGUCGACCGCGAGGAGGCCGCCGAGCACCGGCUGCUGGUGGAGGCCGACGACCGGGGCCGCGACCCGGGGCCGCUGUCGGCCACGGCCACCGUGCGCAUCGCCGUGGAGGACGAGAACGACAACUACCCGCAGUUCAGCGAGGGCCGCUACGUCGUCCGCGUGCCCGAGGACGUGGCCCCCGACACGGCCGUCCUGCGGGUGCGCGCCACCGACCGCGACCGGGGCCGCAACGCCGCCCUGCUCUACGGCAUCGUCAGCGGCAACCCCGACGGCCGCUUCCACCUGCACGCCCUCACCGGGGCCCUGGACGUCAUCCACCCGCUGGACUACGAGACCGUGCGCGAGUACACGCUGCGGGUCAAGGCCCAGGACGGCGGCCGCCCGCCGCUCAUCAACUCGUCGGGCCUGGUGUCGGUGCGGGUGCUGGACGUCAACGACAACGCGCCCAUCUUCGUCAGCAGCCCCUUCCAGGCCUCCGUGCUGGAGAACGCCCCCCCGGGCCACUCGGUCCUCCACGUCCAGGCGGUGGACGCCGACUCGGGGGAGAACGCCCGCCUCAGCUACCGCCUGGUGGACACGGGGUCGCCGCCGGCGGCCCCGGCCGCGGCGGGCGGCCCCGGCGGCCCCGGCGACGGCGGCGACGGCGGCCCCGGCGGCGGCGGCCCCGGCGGCCCCGGCGGCCCCGGCGGCCCGGCCCCGGGCCCCUUCCCCUUCCAGAUCCACGAGGGCACGGGCUGGAUCACCGUCCGCGCCGAGCUGGACCGGGAGGCCCGGGAGCGCUACAGCUUCGGGGUGGAGGCGGUGGACCACGGCGCCCCGGCCCUCAGCGCCUCGGCCAGCGUGUCGGUCACGGUGCUGGACGUGAACGACAACGACCCGGCCUUCACCCAGCCCGCCUACGAGCUGCGGCUCAACGAGGACGCGGCGGUGGGCAGCAGCGUGCUGACCCUGCGGGCCCGGGACCGCGACGCCAACAGCGUCAUCACCUACCAGCUGACGGGGGGCAACACCCGCAACCGCUUCGCCCUGAGCAGCCAGAGCGACGGCGGCCUGGUCACCCUGGCCCUGCCCCUGGACUACAAGCAGGAGCGGCAGUUCGUGCUGGCGGUGACCGCCUCGGACGGGACCCGCAGCCGCACGGCCCAGGUCUUCAUCAACGUCACCGACGCCAACACCCACCGCCCCGUCUUCCAGAGCUCCCACUACACGGUCAGCGUCUGCGAGGACCGGCCCGUCGGCACCUCCGUCGCCACGGUGGGCGCCACCGACGAGGACGUGGGGGAGAACGCCCGCAUCACCUACGCGCUGGAGGACCCCGUGCCCGAGUUCGGCAUCGACCCGGACACGGGGGUCAUCGUCACCCUGGCCGAGCUGGACUACGAGGACCGGGCGGCCUACACCCUGGCCGUCACCGCCCGGGACAACGGCAUCCCGCGCAAGUCGGACACCACCUCGGUGGAGAUCCUCGUCCUGGACGCCAACGACAACGCCCCCCGCUUCCUGCGGGACCGCUACCAGGGCGCCGUCUUCGAGGACGCCCCGCCCUCCACCAGCGUGCUCCAGGUCUCGGCCGCCGACCGCGACUCGGGCCCCAACGGCCGCCUGGUCUACAGCUUCCAGGGCGGCCGCGACGGCGACGGGGACUUCUACAUCGAGCCCACCUCGGGCGUCGUCCGCACCCAGCGCCGCCUGGACCGGGAGAACGUGGCCGUGUACCGCCUGCGGGCCCUGGCCGUGGACCGCGGCAGCCCGGCCCCGCUCAGCGCCGCCGUGGACAUCCGGGUGACCGUGCUGGACAUCAACGACAACCCGCCCGUCUUCGAGCGGGACGAGCUGGAGCUCUUCGUCGAGGAGAACAGCCCCGUGGGCUCCGUGGUGGCCCGCGUCCGGGCCGCCGACCCGGACGAGGGCCCCAACGCCCAGAUCAUGUACCAGAUCGUCGAGGGCAACGUGCCCGAGGUCUUCCAGCUGGACCUGCUCAGCGGGGACCUGCGGGCCCUGGCCGAGCUGGACUUCGAGCGGCGGCGCGAGUACGUGCUGGUGGUCCAGGCCACCUCCGCCCCGCUGGUCAGCCGGGCCACCGUGCGCGUCCGCCUCCUCGACCGCAACGACAACCCGCCCGUCCUGCCCGACUUCCAGAUCCUCUUCAACAACUACGUCACCAACAAGUCCAACAGCUUCCCCUCGGGCGUCAUCGGCCGCGUCCCGGCCCGCGACCCCGACGUCUCCGACCGCCUCGACUACGCCUUCCUCCGCGGCAACGAGCUGCGCCUGCUCCUCCUCGACCCCGCCACGGGCGACCUGCGCCUCAGCCGCGACCUGGACAACAACCGGCCCCUGGAGGCCCUCAUGGAGGUGUCCGUCUCAGAUGGUCUUCACAGCGUCACCGCGCUCUGCACCCUCCGCGUGACCAUCAUCACAGAUGAGAUGUUGACCAACAGCAUCACGGUGCGCCUGGAGAACAUGUCUCAGGAAAGGUUCCUCUCGCCGCUCCUCUCCCUCUUCGUGGAAGGGGUGGCCACGGUGCUGUCCACCCCCAAGGACGGGAUCUUCGUCUUCAACAUCCAGAACGACACGGACGUCAGCGCCAACGUCCUGAACGUGACCUUCUCGGCCCUGCUGCCCGGCGGGCCCCGCGACCGCUUCUUCCCGUCCGAGGAUCUCCAGGAGCAGAUCUACCUGAACCGGACGCUGCUGACCACCAUCUCUGCCCAGCGGGUCCUCCCGUUCGACGACAACAUCUGCCUGCGGGAGCCCUGCGAGAACUACAUGAAGUGCGUCUCGGUCCUCAAGUUCGACAGCUCGGCCCCCUUCAUCAGUUCCGACACGGUCCUCUUCCGCCCCAUCCACCCCAUCAACGGGCUGAGGUGCCGGUGCCCGCCGGGCUUCACCGGCGAUUACUGCGAGACCGAGAUCAACCUGUGCUACUCCAGCCCCUGCGGCCGCAACGGGCUCUGCCGCAGCCGAGAAGGGGGCUACACGUGCGAGUGCCACGAGGACUUCACGGGCGACUCCUGUGAUGUGAACGCACGGUCCGGCCGCUGUGCCCCAGGCCUGUGUAAGAACGGAGGCACCUGCGUCAAUUUGCUCAUCGGAGGCUUCAAGUGCGAGUGCCCUCCCGGAGAGUUCGAGAGACCCUACUGCGAGAUGACCACCAGGAGCUUCCCCCCACAGUCCUUCGUCACCUUCAAGGGCUUACGACAACGUUUUCACUUCACCCUCUCUCUCAUGUUUGCUACCCGGGAGAGAAACGCUCUUCUUCUAUACAAUGGACGUUUCAAUGAGAAGCAUGACUUUAUUGCUCUGGAGAUCAUCGAAGAGCAAAUCCAACUUACGUUCUCGGCAGGUGAGACCACGACAACGGUCACCCCGGCGGUCUCCGGAGGGGUCAGCGACGGUCAGUGGCAUUCGGUUCAAGUGCGGUACUAUAACAAGCCCAAUAUCGGCCGUCUGGGAAUCCCCCACGGUCCCUCCGGGGAGAAGGUGGCCGUGGUGACGGUGGACGACUGUGACACAGCGGUGGCCGUGCGUUUCGGGGAGCUCAUCGGCAACUACACGUGCGCUGCCCAGGGCACCCAAACCGGCUCCAAAAAGUCCCUGGACCUGACGGGACCUCUUCUGCUCGGCGGAGUCCCCAACCUGCCCGAAGAUUUCCCCGUGCACAACAGGCAGUUCGUCGGCUGCAUGAGGAACCUCUCCGUCGACAGCAGGCCCAUCGACAUGGCGAGUUUCAUAGCCAACAACGGCACCCUCGCAGGCUGUUCCGCGCAGAAGAACUACUGCGACAGCGUCUGGUGCCAGAAUGGCGGCACGUGCGUGAACAAGUGGAGCACCUACCUCUGCGACUGCCCCCUGCGCUUUGGGGGCAAGAACUGCGAGCAAGCCAUGCCCUCUCCCCAGCGUUUCAACGGCGACGGCAUCCUCUUCUGGGGAGAGCCGGACAUCACCAUAUCCGUGCCGUGGUACGUGGGGCUCAUGUUCAGGACGCGGAGAGGGAACGGUGUGCUAAUGGAAGCCAGCGCCGGGACGGCCUCCAAGAUCAACCUUCAGAUUCUAAACAGCUAUGUGCAGUUGGAGGUGUUCGAAGGCCUCGACCUGGAGGCCAUCUUGCAGCUCACUCAGGCGCGCGUGAACGACGGCGAGUGGCAUCAUCUGUUAAUCGAGCUCAAGAGCGCCAAGGACGGCAAAGACAUCAAGUACCUGGCGGUCAUGUCCUUGGACUACGGGAUGCACCAGAGUACGGUGCAGAUCGGAAAUCAGCUUCCUGGAUUAAAAAUGAAAAGCGUCAUCGUCGGCGGGAUCUCUGAAGACAAAGUCUCCGUGCAGCGAGGUUUCCACGGCUGCAUGCAGGGGGUGAGAAUGGGAGAGACUGCCACCAACACAGCCUCCCUGAACGUGGACGACGCCACGAGGGUCAGAGUGCAGGACGGCUGCGAAGUGGAGAACCCGUGCGACUCCAGCCCGUGUCCCCUCAACAGCUACUGCAGCGACGACUGGGACAGCUUCUCCUGCGUCUGUGACCCCGGGUACUUUGGAAGAAACUGCGUCGACGUGUGUAACCUGAACCCAUGCGAACAUGUCUCCGCCUGCGUCCACAAGCCCAGUUCAUCCCACGGAUACACGUGCGAAUGCGGGCAGAGUUACUUUGGGCAGUACUGUGAAACCAAGAUUGACUUACCGUGCCCCAAGGGCUGGUGGGGAAAACCCGUCUGCGGUCCGUGUCACUGUGAAGUCGGCAAAGGCUUCGACCCCGACUGCAACAAGACGAGCGGCGAGUGCCAGUGCAAGGAGAACCACUACAGGCCCCCCGACAACGACACCUGUUUCCCGUGCGACUGCUUUCCGUCGGGCUCCCAGGCGCGCUCCUGCCACACGGACACGGGCCAGUGCACCUGCAAGGCGGGCGUCAUCGGGCGCCAGUGCAACCGCUGCGACAACCCCUUCGCCGAGGUCACCCCCCGGGGCUGUGAAGUGAUUUACAGCGGCUGCCCCAAAGCGUUCGAGGCCGGCAUCUGGUGGCCCCAGACCAAGUUCGGACAGCCAGCCGCAGUACCGUGCCCUAAGGGGUCGGUGGGCAAUGCUGUUCGCCACUGCAGCAGCGAGAAAGGCUGGCUUCCUCCCGAACUCUUCAACUGCACCACCCACGCCUUCAUGGAUCUGAAAAUUAUGAAUGAGAAGCUCCAGCACAACGAGACCAUAAUGGACGGAGACAAGUCCGUCCAGAUGGCCAAUGUGCUCAAGAACGCCACCCAGGCCACGCGCUCCCUGUUCGGCAACGACGUGAGGACCGCCUACCAGAUGUUGAUCCGCAUCCUGCACUACGAGAGCCAGCAGCAGGGUUUCAACCUGGCGGCAACGAGAGAUGUGGAAUUCAACGAGAAUAUCAUCCAAGCAGGCAGUGUCCUCCUGGAUCCAAAGAACAGGGACCACUGGGAACAGAUCCAGCGAUCCGAGGGAGGCAGCUCCCACUUGCUCAAACAUUACGAGGAUUAUUUCCACAACAUGGUGCAGAACAUGAGGAAGACCUACAUGAAGCCUUUCGUCAUCAUCACCGAAAACAUGAUUCUGGCCGUGGACGUCUUUGACAAGUCCAACUUCACAGGAGCGAAAGUUCCACAGUUUGAUGAGAUUCACGAAUAUUACCACAAAGACUUGGAGUCUUCAGUCCUGUUCCCUGCUAAUUUAUUCCAGACUACCAUGAGACAAGGGGCUCCCACGGCCAAGCCCUCGGGCUUCCAGGAUCCCCAGGAAGCCGAAGUCGGGGUGCCGGACGUGGACGACGCGCCCUUCCAGAGGCGGCGCAGACACCCCGAGGACUCCAGCCGGUACGCAGUCGCCAUGGUGAUGGUCUUCCGGUCCCUCGGACAGCUGCUCCCGGAGCACUACGACCCCGACCGCCGGAGUUUACGGCUGCCCACUCGGCCUGUCAUUAACACCCCGAUAGUGAGCACCAUGGUUCACCACGAAGGCCUCCCGUUGGCGAGCCAGCUGGAGAGGCCCAUCACUCUGGAGUACAGCCUCCUGGAGACCGAGGAGAGGACCAAGCCGCUCUGCGUCUUCUGGAACCACUCCAUGAUAAGCAGAGGGACGGGAGGCUGGUCCUCCAGGGGAUGUGAGCUCUUGUCCCGAAACCAAAGCCAUAUCGCGUGCCAGUGCAAUCACAUGACCAGCUUCGCCGUGUUGAUGGACAUUUCCAAACGAGAGCACGGAGAAGUCCUGCCCCUGAAGAUCGUGACGUACACCACCAUUUCGGCGUCCUUGCUAGCUCUGCUGAUCACCUUCCUUCUCCUCGCCCUGAUCCGCACCCUGCGCUCCAACCUGCACAGCAUCCACAAAAACCUGGUGGCCGCGCUCUUCUUCUCCGAGCUGGUCUUCGUGGUCGGCAUCAACCAGACGGAAAAUCCGUUUGGGUGCACGGUGACCGCCAUCCUUCUGCACUACUUCUACAUGGCCACCUUCGCCUGGAUGUUCGUGGAAGGGCUUCACAUCUACCGCAUGCUGACCGAAGUGAGGAACAUCAAUUUUGGGCCCAUGAGAUUCUACUACGUCAUCGGGUGGGGGAUUCCCGCCGUCAUAACAGGGCUCGCGGUGGGCUUGGACCCACAGGGCUACGGGAACCCCGACUUCUGCUGGCUGUCGGUCCACGACACCCUGAUCUGGAGUUUUGCUGGACCCAUCGGGAUCGUGGUUAUGAUCAACACGGGCAUCUUCAUCCUGUCAGCGAAGGCGUCCUGCCAGAGGAGACACCGGGCCUUCGAGAGCGGGGGGAUCGGCUCCGUCCUGAGAACGGCCUUCCUCCUGCUGCUGCUGGUCAGCGCCACGUGGCUGCUGGGGCUGAUGGCGGUCAACGGCGACGGCCUGGCUUUCCAUUACCUCUUCGCCGCCUUCACCUGCGUACAGGGGCUCUUCAUUUUCUUUUUCCACUGCGUGUUCAACAAAGAAGUCCGCAAGCACCUGAAGAGCGCGCUGAGCGGGAAGAAGCCCCGCCCGGACGAGUCGACCACCACCCGAGCCACGCUGCUCACCCGAUCCCUGAACUGCAACAACACCUACAUCGAGGAGGCGAACGUGUACCGCACGACCCUCGGGGAGUCCACCGCCUCCCUGGACAGCACCCUCAGGGACGAGGCCGCCCGGAAGCUGAGCGUGUCCUCGGCCCAGGCCCGGCCCGGCCCCGCCGCCGAAGGAGAUUCGUCCGUGUUCCACCGGAGCCCCCGAAAAGCCACCGGGAACGAUUCCGACUCGGACAGCGAGCUGUCCCUGGACGAGCACAGCAGCUCCUACGCCUCCUCCCGCUCCUCGGACAGCGAGGAAGACGGCGUUGAAGCCGAGAAGAACUGGACCGCCGCCUCCUCCCGAAACAACCACCGGGGCCCCGCCCACAGCACCCCCAAAGUCGACCCACCGCCCGACCACGUCAAGGCCGGCUGGCCCCCGGAGAGCCCGACCGGCAGUGACGGCGAGGGGACGGCGGGGAGACCCAAACUGAAGGUGGAGACCAAGGUGGACGUGGAGCUCCACCGGGAAAGCCAGGGGAACCACUGCCCCCACCUGCCGCCCCUCGGGGAGGACGACGGCGCCGGCCCCCCCGGGGACGCCAGAGCCGAGCCACAGCCCAACCACCAGCAGCCCGAGCAGAGGAAAGGCAUCUUGAAAAACAGAGUCACCUACCCGCCGCCCCUGACCGAGAGGAGCCUGACGAACCGGCUGCGGGACAAGUUCUCCGACGACGGUCCGGACUCGCUCCCGUCGCGGGAGUCCCCUCCGGGGGCCGGCGCCGACCCGGGGGGCGCCGCCGGGAAGGGCCCGCGGAGAGAGCCCGGCGGCCGGGACCACCUCAACGGCGUGGCCAUGGCCGUGCGCACGGGCACCGCCCUCGCCGACCACUCCGACUCCGAGAAACCGUGAGGCUUCGCUCACCGGCCGCGCCCCAUCACCCGCCGGGGCCCCGGGACCGCGUCCGCCUCCGGGAGGCGGGAGGGCCGGGGCCGCGUCCCUUCCCGGACGGCCGACCCACCGAGGCCGACCGCGCUCGCGGGCGCCCUCCGACCGCGCCCCCUCACCGGAGACGGCGCGCGCCCGUCGGCAGGCGUGACCGGUGACCCGACGGAGGAGGGAAAGGUCACACGGGGACAGAGACGGGGAGGGGCAGGCGGUCCGGGCCCGGGGCGUCGAUGGAGCCGUCCUCCCGUCAGUCGGGGGACCCCCGCUGGCGGGACCGGCCGCCCCGCCCUCCGUGCGAGGCCAGGGGGACCCCCUGGCUCCCGGCGGCCCGACCGGCUCCGGACGGACGUUUUGUUUUAAAAGAAGACAGUCUUUUAUAUAGAAACUGUACAUACCUUUAUAUAUUUUGUAUGGGGACCCUAAGGAAGAGAAACCCUCCUGUAUAUUUUCCGUGCAUACUGACCUCCGGCUGACGACGGGGCCCCGCGGCCAGAUCCUCCCAUAUUUUUCUACGAUAAGAUUGCACAGCUGUCCGGGGACCCGGCCUCUUUCUAGACGGGGUAUCCCGGCGUCCCGGAAAGCAGAGGCGGAACCUCCGCUUCCAACCGGGAUUGGCCCGGGCCGCCUUCGGGCCACUGCCCGAAACCCGGCGGCUAGGUGCCGGGGAAGCCGUCCCCUGCCCGGCGGGCAGUGUCCCUGCGCUGCCCGGCCCCUCCCCGGGCUCCGACGGGUUAGGGGCUGACACGCCGGGACUGACGGCUGCUUUGGAAGUUGGGGGAGGUGGGGGCACCCCAGGGACUACUCUCUCGCCAGACGCUAACCACAAUUUCCCAGCCGUCACGGCGGAUGGCAUACCUUGUAAGCGACGCCGUGCUCCUCCCGGAAUCCUACCAAAAAAAGAACGAUCGUGUGACGGAAUGACGCUGUCGCUUCGCCGUGUUCACGACAAGAGGAGGGAAAUGGAGCCUCCGCCCUGCCCACCGGGGUCAGCGGGGGUCCCGGGCGAGGACGGUGGCCCCGACUUCGAGCACGGACGCCCGGUCCACGGUUCCUCGGGGCGCCCCCGGGGCCGCUGACGGAGACAAGGGCCCCGGGUCGGGUGAGCGCCUCACGCACGGUCUUCCGGGUCCUCCUCCGAUGCUUCGUUGACGUUUCCACCUGCUGGAGGCGGAGACCGGAGACGGCCCGGCCGGCGGGACAACGCACGGGAAAUCCAAGAGCAACCAAUUCCGCCCCGGUGGAUGGAAGCCGCGAUGAGUGAGAAGGGAGGGGGCAGACCUAAUGGUUUUUAACAAACAGGAGCAAAGAAUUCUAGUUCUGCACAUCCGUGGGACUCGCACGUGGACCUUUAACCCAUCCCAAGACCGGGGAAGGGGGAGAAAAGACCGUCUCUCCCGGUUCCUCGUGCGUCGAGGCUGGGUUGCCGGGGACGGGCCGCAGCUGUUGACAGAAAAACGAAAACCUAUUUUUAUGCCUUAAAGAUUUUAUGACCGGAUAGACACUGGAGUUUUUUGGUUUUUUAAACAGAUGUUUUAUUUAUUUGUGUGCAGGACACUGGCAUUGCACCACAGGUGAGAGGCGUCUGCAAUAAACUAAGCAGGUUGACUUGUAA